AUGGUGUCCUCUAAGUGGCUAUGUAAGAAUCUCUCUGAGGAGAUUGCUGCAAACCAAGAGGUGCCAGUUGAAGCACUACAGAAGGUGGCCAUGGAGAGGUUUAGAAUUAAGGUCAAGAAGAGGCUGUUGUACAAGGUGAAGACCAUGGCUAAAAGGGAGAUACAUGGAGGGUUUGAUGAGUCCUAUGGUCUGCUGCCAAGGUAUGCUGAGAUGAUCAAGGCAACUAACCCAGGAUCAUAUGCCUUGGUUACUUGGACAGGGAACACAGGGGCUGUGAUUCCCAAAUUCAAGGCAUGCUUCUUUGCCUUUGCUGCUAAUGUUAGGGGGUUCAUAGGUGGUUGCAGACCUCUAAUAGGCAUUGAUGGGGCUUACCUCAGUGGCAACUACAAGGGCAUACUCCUUUCAGCCCUAGGCAUUGAUGGCAACAAUGAGAUUUUUCUCAUUGCAUAUGGCAUUGUUGACACUGAGAGUACACCUAGCUGGACAUACUUCUUCAGAAACUUAAGGACCUGCUUUGAGAAAGAAGGAUGCAAGAGAGAUGAUUGGACAUUCAUCAGUGAUAAUGAGGGGUACAGUGGGACACCCUUCCACAAGCUCUUCUGGACAGUUGCUGAUGUAUACAAUGAGUUUGUCUUCAAGAAGUCCAUGCUGAAGAUUCAUGAAUACAACCUUGAGGCAGUGACUUAUUUGGACUCAUGCACAGAGCAAUGGUCCAGGCAUGUCUUUGAUCCACUAGUUUGUUGUGAUCAUAACACAACAAACUUUGUGGAGAGCUUCAAUGCCUGCACAAAACCAUACAGGGACCUUCCUGUUUUCACUUUGCUUGAGGCCAUAAGAAACUGGUCCAUGAAGAGAAUUGGGCCAAGGUUUGAUAAGGCAGUUGACAUGGAUGUUAACAUGGUCACUGAUUACGCAAAGAAGAUCCUACAAACUAGGAGUGAUGAAUCAAGGUGUGGAUGUGAAAAAUGGCAAGGUUGUGGUAUACCUUGCAAACAUGCACUUAGAGUUAUUUUUGAUGAGAGAUUGGAGGCUGCUGAUUUUGUAUCUCCGUAUUUUAAGGGGGCAGCUUACAAGGCAACCUAUGGGGAGCACAUUCACCCCAUUGCUGAUCCAUCUCACUGGCCUGACCAUGACUUGCCUCUCAUUUCUCCCCAUGAUGUUAAGAGAGAUGCUGGGAGACCCCAAAAGCAGAGGAAGAGAGGUCCAAAUGAAGCCAAGAAGGGCAAAAGGCACAACACUGUUAAGUGCAGCAAAUGUAAAGAAGUCGGCCACAAUGCAAGGACUUGUGGAGGUGGACCAACUGCUCAGACCAGGAAGGAGAAAGGGUCUACAUCAGCUGCAACAGAGACUGAGAAGAGAGGAAGAAAAAGGAAAGAAACAGACGCUAACAAUGCCUCAACCAGCCAACCUCAAGCUAAGAAGACAAAGAGGAAGAACAAGAAAGCCUGA